AUGGCGCCUAACUCACAGGGCUGUCCGGCGGCUGAGGAAAGCACUUCGUUGGCUGCUAUGCCAUCGCCCCGGAAGAACAAGUGUCGCCUGGCAUCUCACUGCGCCCAGAGAGGGGACUCGGCGAGGCGACCACAGAGUCUAUCUUUCUCUGGGCUACGGUUGGCAAGGAUUCAGAGGUGGCCUGACCGGGGCUUGGUGGCCUCUCUCCUCACGGAUGCCUCGGUGAGCUUCGGAGUUGGGCUCCUGCCGAGGGCCUUCGGAUGGGCGGGUCUUCACGCGGGGGUCCCAGACGGGGCGCGCGAGGAGGCAGAUUGUUUCUUAGAUCUUGGGAUUUCCAGAAGAAAAGACCAAGGGGGAAUUAUCGAGCACAGAUUCUUUUUCUGGAUAGUUAAACCUAAAAUAGCCACGACCUUGGCCCUUCAGACCGCAGAGAUGCAAGAAGCGCACCUUCUGGUGGUGAAAGUCAAGGAGGAGGAUAAGGACCACACCUGUGGGCAAGAAUUUGGGCGGCCUGGAAACGACCCUCAUACCAGAGAGAUCUUUCGCAGACGCUUCAGGCACUUCUGCUACCAGGAGACCCCUGGGCCCCGGGAAGCUCUUCGAAGACUCCGCGAGCUCUGUCAUCAGUGGCUGAGACCAGAGAUGCACACCAAGGAGCAGAUCCUGGAGCUGCUGGUGCUGGAGCAGUUCCUGGCCAUCCUGCCAGAGGAGCUGCGGGCCUGGGUGAGGCAGCACCAUCCAGAGAGUGGGGAGGAGGCGGUGAUGGUGCUGGAGGAUUUGGAGCGAGAGCUGGAUGAGCCAGCAGAGCAGGCACAAACCCACGCUGAUGAGCAGGAAGUGUCCAUAAAGGAGAAGACAACUCUAAAAGCAGCCGAGGAGGCAUCAGGUGGCCAGCCCCGAGGCUUGGAAGAGCAGCUUCCGUGUAGCUUGCGAGAUGUGCGCUCAGUUCAGGAGAUAGAUGGUGAGGCCAGAACUCAGAGUGUGGAAUUAGCCACGAAGAAAGAGAUUUCUAAAGAAAUGAAGUCUCUUGUCGAAACACCUGCAAAACUGAAUGGUGAUCUUGCUCGGGUUCCUGAAUGUGGAGACACCUGUGACCCUGAUGGAAGGUUAGACAGGCAGCGGGUAAGCUCUUCCACAGAGAGACCAUAUAUUUGUGGUGAAUGUGGAAAAAGCUUUACCCAGAAUUCCAUCCUGAUCGAGCACCAGAGAACGCACACCGGCGAGAAGCCCUAUGAAUGUGAUGAGUGUGGGCGCGCCUUCAGCCAGCGAUCAGGCUUGUUCCAGCACCAGAGGCUCCACACUGGGGAGAAGCGCUACCAGUGCAGCGUGUGUGGCAAAGCCUUCAGCCAGAAUGCCGGGCUGUUCCAUCACCUCCGAAUCCAUACUGGCGAGAAACCUCACCAGUGCCAUCAGUGCAGGAAGAGUUUCAGCCGACGUUCUGUCCUCAUUAAGCAUCAAAGAAUUCACACUGGAGAGAGACCUUAUGAAUGUGAAGAAUGUGGCAAGAACUUCAUAUACCAGUGCAACCUUAUCCAGCAUCGGAAAGUCCACGCUGGGGCUGAAGUGAGCUAGCUCCUUGGAUCAGGUAGGGCAAAAUUUCCCCACACCAGACCUGGGCGAGGUAGCAAGGAAGUGUUUCUUCGUUUAUCCCUGAGAGAACAAAAACAGUUUCACCUUGGAGCAUAGAGAGUUCCAUCUACAUAGAAAGUUCCAGGGAAAGCCAGUGAAGAUGGCUAUUUAAAAAUUUUGCUAUUUAAAAAUUAAUUUUAAAGAAAUCAUAUUGAAAUGUUUAAACUAGCUGACUUCCUUUAAUUCAUAUAAGAUAUGAUAAUUAGCUUUUUAACCUACAAAAGGGGAGCAGGCGAAUCCUCUUAAAUACAUGUACAAGUGACUUCCUCCCAGCAGUUUUUAGUAACUCAGCGUCAGUCAUGUAUCAAAGAAAUGAAGCACCAUAGGUUACUAGCAGCUCCAUAGCUCAUCAUGAUGUAUUGCUCAUGCUUUUGAAUUUAUACAGGGAACAAGAAUCUUUGCCUUGAAAACGUAGGCUUCCUUGCAUUUUUCUUGUGACAUACAAGUAUAAUGAACAUUUUUGCUUUUUUGCCUUUUCCUCCUUAUUCCAUGUUCCAUAUGAAAAAGUUCAAACAUGACAAGAGCAGAGUAUGAACAGCCUUCCUUAUUAACUGGUUUGUAUAACUUUAGCACUUCUUGGCACUCCCUGGUGAUCUUAACAGCAUUCUACAUAAAAAAAUUUCUUGCCCUUAACAUUGAUGAACUGUCUACAAAGCUUUAUACUCAAUCCAGGAGACAAAGAAAUGAAAAACCAGUGGUCUUAGCAGUCUGAACUGGAAGACCAAAUAUGCAACACAGAACUUAAGAAUAAUAGAAUGUACUCCAUUCUCUGUCCAUUUCUUCCUUACCCUCAUCACUGAUUAAGAGCUUUGAACGGCCUGGCCCUUGGGCAGAGGUGCCCUGUGAACAAGGCUUCCUGUGCGACCUGGUGCGCGUUCCCUCCUGUGGGCCCAGGAAAACACUCUAGGCAAUUCCCAGAGCACAGGCUGGCUCUGUCUGCUCAGUGCUUCCGGUUGGUUCUUGGCCUCCGUCUGCUUUCUGGUGUCUCCUACUUCCCCAGGGUAUUUGGUUAGCCUUGGCCCCAGGCCCACAAGCCAAGGGGUAACCUUUGACUUCCUUGCCAACUUCCCACUGCCCAGGGCCUCAGACCCAAACAUUGUAGAAAGGAGAGCUGGGGAAACACGGGUCAUUCUUUCCUGAAUUAUGUGCACAUAUCCUUUCUUAACUGGUUUGUCAGCUUCUCUUCAGACCGCUUUGUGCCAGACUAGGCUAAGAUUUCAUCAGAUUGUCAUUUAAUAUUGGCUCAUAAAGGAGAAUGGUGCUACACAGUGUCUUAAAGCAGAGGAAAUUUGAAAUGUAUCAGCAUCACCAGAUUCUAGAAACUCUAAAAGUGGCCUGCAUUUCCCUGCAGAGUUCAUGCAUAUGCUUCAUGAGAGGAAUUCAAUUAAAGGUUAUUUCCUGAAGACACACCCCCCCCCAAAAAAAAAAAAAAAGAAGAAUAGAAUCACUGUCAGGGACCUUGGAGUCACUUUCACAUACCUUUGUUUGACAGGGAAAGGAGUCUGAAGUAGUUCAGACCCUACAGCCAGUCCUAGCAGAGCUGGAACCGGAACCCUGUCUUCUGAUUCCUAGUACAGUACUCUUUCUACCAGGCAUUAAAUCAUCCAACAGAAAUGAUAAGUAUAUGGAUCUUAAAGGAUUUAUGUCACUGAUGUUUUGCUUUGUAACUCCACAAACCCUCCCAUGUAUGUUUCAAUAAAGCCACAGUUGCUCUACAUAAUUUACAGUCAAGCCCUGAAAAAAGACUCCUCCCACUUAUCCCUCAU